AUGGGACGCAAACGCAAGUCAUCGUUAGAGCGUCAGAAAGCACGCAAAGAAUCAAAAGACCGGCACUAUUUUCGUCAUGUAGGAACAGAGCAUAUGAAGUCUCGACGGAGAUGGCGAAAGAAACGGGGCGCUAAUGAGGCUACACUAAAUGCCUUUGAGAGUCUAGAUUUGUUGUGGGCUAGUACAUACACAGGCAGCCGCACUAACACGGGAUGUCAGGACCAUGUUAUCGCAGUACUCCAGGACGUCGAUGUCCAGGGGUGGGAUCUAGUCAGACCUGUUUGUGAGAAGGAAUUGUUGGAAGCAUGGGACCUGGUCAGGGAUGUUGAGGUACUUGUGCGCUCCGUCGCCAAUCUUGAGGGUCCUUACUCAGAUCAAGUCCAAACUGAGUGUGCUCAACUUCUUUCCCGGACACAGCUGUGGCUUGCGGCCGAAGAACAGAUCAUUUUUUUAAUGGACCAAGGGCAAGAGGUACUUGAUGAAGCUCUCUACGAGGAGAAGCUUGUCUGGCAAUGA